AUGGCCUCGAUUUCCAUAGCAAGCGCUGACCCGACCGCACCCUUGCAACAGCCUGUGUGCCAGAACUGCCAGACCUCUACGACACCGCUAUGGCGGCGAGACGAGUCGGGCUCCGUGCUCUGUAACGCCUGCGGCCUGUUCCUUAAGCUGCAUGGCCGCCCGCGACCGAUCAGUCUGAAGACCGAUGUGAUCAAGAGUCGCAACCGGGUCAAGACUGCCACGCAAGGUCCUAAGAAGAAGUUCGAGCAGAAUGGAGGCCCGCCCGCCGCCACCGACAACAUGAACCCGCAUCGGCGAGUGUCGCAGAUGGCCGCAUCGGUCGCUUCUGACCGAUCGCAAUCACCCAUUUCGCGGACUGGCACGCCGGGCGCCCAGCACGAUCCGAAUAUCGCUCCUCAGCACCUCUUUGACGGCGUAACCGCUCUCGCCGAUGCCCACUACAGCAAUGGCAUUCCCACCGACCCGGCCCUCCAACUCAGUCAGCCCCCUGCCGCCUUGAGCAACGGUCAACACGGCGCCGCUGCCAUGAGUUACGAUGACCUCGUCGGGCUCACCAACAGCCUGCGAACGCGAGUCUCCGAAUUGGAAGUCAUCAACAUGGUCUACCACGACAACGAGUCGAACCUGUGUCGCGAACGGGACCGAGCCCUGCAAGAACGAGACGAAUACAAGCGCAAAGUCGAGGAGCUGGAAAGACAAUUGCUGGAGGGCCAGGCUGAUGACGAACACGUUGCAAAGAGACCACGACUUUCACCACCCGCACCCCAGGCCUGA